AUGGAUCCCAUGGAACUGAGAAAUGUCAACAUCGAACCCGAUGAUGAGAGUAGCAGUGGAGAAAGUGUUCAGGACAGCUACACGGCGGUGGGAAAGUCGGAGAAGGCAGCCAUGAGCAGUCAAUUUGCUAAUGAAGAUACAGAAAGCCAGAAGUUCCUGACAAAUGGAUUUUUGGGGAAAAAGAAGCUGGCCGAUUACGAUGAUGAGCAUCAUCCUGGAACUACUUCCUUUGGAAUGUCUUCAUUCAACCUGAGUAACGCCAUUAUGGGCAGUGGUAUUUUGGGCUUGUCCUAUGCCAUGGCCAACACAGGCAUCAUCCUUUUUAUAAUCUUGCUGCUUGCAGUGGCAAUAUUAUCACUGUAUUCAGUUCAUCUUUUACUAAAGACAGCCAAGGAAGGAGGGUCUUUAAUUUAUGAAAAAUUAGGUGAAAAGGCAUUUGGAUGGCCUGGUAAAAUUGGAGCCUUUACCUCCAUUACCAUGCAGAAUAUUGGAGCAAUGUCCAGCUACCUCUUUAUCAUUAAAUACGAACUUCCUGAAGUUAUCAGAGCAUUCAUGGGACUUGAAGAAAAUACUGGGGAAUGGUACCUCAACGGCAACUACCUCAUCAUAUUUGUGUCUGUGGGAAUUAUUCUGCCACUCUCUCUUCUGAAAAAUCUAGGUUACCUUGGCUAUACCAGUGGAUUUUCCCUCACCUGCAUGGUGUUUUUUGUUAGUGUGGUGAUUUACAAAAAAUUUCAAAUACCCUGCCCUCUGUCUGUUCUGGAUCACCAUGAUGGAAAUGUGACGUUCAACAAUACCCUCCCAGUACAUGUGAUAAUGUUCCCCAAUAACUCUGAGAGCAGUGGCGUGAACUUCAUGAUGGAUUACACGCACCGCAGCCCCUCUGGGCUGGACGAGAACAAGGCCAAGAACUCUCUCCUCGGCAGUGGUGUCGAGUAUGAAGCCCACAGUGAUGACAAAUGUCAACCCAAAUAUUUCGUAUUCAACUCCCGGACGGCCUAUGCAAUUCCUAUCCUAGCGUUUGCCUUUGUAUGCCACCCUGAGGUCCUUCCCAUCUACAGUGAACUUAAAGACCGAUCCCGAAGGAAGAUGCAAACAGUGUCCAAUAUUUCCAUCACGGGGAUGCUUGUCAUGUACAUGCUGGCUGCCCUGUUUGGUUACCUCACUUUCUAUGAGCUGCACUGGAACUUUCUAGAAUCAUUCUGGAUUCGUACAUCCGUGACCACUUUGUUAUUUCCCAAAAGACCUUUCAGCUGGAUAAGACAUUUCCUGAUUGCAGUCAUAAUUAUCGCACUUAAUAAUGUCCUGGUCAUCCUUGUGCCAACGAUAAAAUACAUUUUUGGAUUCAUAGGGGCUUCUUCGGCCACGAUGCUGAUUUUUAUUCUUCCAGCAGUUUUUUAUCUCAAACUUGUCAAGAAAGAACCUCUUCGAUCACCCCAAAAGGUUGGGGCAUUGAUCUUCCUUGUGACUGGAAUUAUCUUCAUGAUGGGAAGCAUGGCCCUCAUUAUAAUUGACUGGAUCUACAACCCUCCAAAUUCCAAACACCACUAA